AUGGGCCGGCGACUAUCGUCGUCGUCCUCGCGCCUGAAGCGUGUCGAAUCUCCCGCCGACGCCUACUCCCCGCCGAUACGUGCCGAGCGGCCGUCCAACCCACCCGAACCGCCAUUGACGCUCCUGCACACCACGGUCUCCCGCGCCUCCCGCAGAGCCGAAGCCGCCGAGGAGGCCCCCGAGAUCACGCGAGAGAAGAGCCGCACGUCCGUCCAUGCGCCGAAGACGUACAAUGUCUGGAUCCCAUUCUCGGGUAUCAUGCACGAUAUCCGCGCCAGGUUGCCGUGGUACUGGUCAGAUUGGAAGGAUGCCUGGAACUACCGUGUCAUUCCGGCCACAUGGGAAGCGACUGGCCAGUAUGGAGUCCAGGAAGUCCUACUUGCGUCUUUCAUGGCUGCGUUCGUCGCCUCCGUUUUCGGCGGCCAGCCCCUUCUCAUCUCGGGCGUGACUGCUGGCUUGAACAUGGUCAAGCUGAUCAAGUAUUUCACGCGCAUGUUCUGUGACACGCUCGGCUUCUGUGAGCUCUUCUGUCGAAUGUCUAAGCUGACCGCAGACGUCGGCGCCGUUUACGUCCAGUACGGCAUUCAGGUUGUCUCGAGACAGUUCCACCAGUCCUCCCCUGGCUCCGCGAUCCUGGGCAUUCUAUUUGUCCUCGAGAAGAACAUGACGCUGCCCACGACGGCACACUCCUUCCAGCCUGCCGGGGACCGCUCCUGGCUGGUGCGCUUCUGGCAGCUGCCGGGCAAGUACGUCGGCAUCGCCUUCCCGUUCGGCAUCGUGCUCUUCAUCUUGUUCUACUUUGACGCCAAUGUCUCCUCCCUCAUCGCCCAGGACUCGGAGUAUCCCCUCCGCAAGCCCGCCGCUUUCCACUGGGACACCUUCCUCCUCGGCAUUACGACCUUUAUCGCUGGUCUGCUUGGCGUGCCCGCGCCCAACGGCCUGAUCCCUCAGGCGCCGCUGCACACCGCCUCACUCGUCGUUAUGGGCUACGAGGAUGGGGAGCACGCACCUUUGCAGCGCAGAGAUUCGGGCGAGGACGUCGCCGCGCGAGACUUCUCGGACGCCGAGGAGGGGCGGGCUGCGCCGCUGAAGACAGUCAAGAGCCGCGCAUCCAGUGUUGGCCUCACGAGGCGCGUUACGCAACUCAGCGACCGCGCGCAGGAAGCGCGCCGUCGCCGCGCCGCCGAAGCCGAGCGUCGGAAAGAGGAGCGCGAGAUUCCCGUCGCCGUUGUCGAGCAGCGAGUCUCGAACCUAGCCCAGGGCUGUCUUUGCCUCGUCCUUAUGACGAAACCGUUCGAGCACGUCCUCGGCCUGAUCCCGAAGGGCGUCAUGGCCGGCCUGUUCUGGUACAUGGGCACUGACGCUUUGCUGAAUUCAGGCGUGACGGCCAAGAUGCUCUACCUCGUGCGGGAUCCUAGGGCGAUCUCGCCGAGCGACCCGCUCAACCAUGUCCGGAAGAGCCGCAUCAUUCUCUUCACGCUCAUCCAGCUCAUCGGCUUCGGAGCCACGUUCGCCAUCACGCAGACUAUCGCCGCGAUCGGAUUCCCAGUCGUCAUCAUCCUCAUGGUUCCUGUGCGGUUCUUUAUCGUACCCCAUCUCGGGUUCACGAAGGAGGAACUUGAGAUUCUGGACGGGCCAGUCGCGAGUCCCUUUGUGAGUUGUCGAGCUACGGGAUGGUGA